AUGAAGAUACAAUCAUUAGUUCCUAUUAAACUAUUCCUGACGAGCCGACCUAUGAAGAUACCGUCAACAUCAACUGCGAAUUCUCUGACGACAUUUUUCCUCCACGAAGAAGAUACUGCUGAUGAUAUCCUCACUUACGUCCACAAAGUAGUGAGCAGUGCUCUACCAGAUGACCCGGAGUUUCAAGGAGAUAUUAUCAAUCAAGUUUUGGCGAAGGCUUCCGGGUCAUUUCUCUGGGUAAAAGUGGUGCUCGAAACACUACAGGAUAAAUGGCACACAAAGGAAGAACGUAUUAACUGA